CCAAGAAGGCCGAACAAGGUUACAGGAAUGCCCUAGGCUGCAUCCUUCGCGAAACCGUGAGCAUUAACGAAACCAAUCUCAGGUCGAAAGCGAACUAGAAUUUGCGAGCGCUCCUCAUAUCGAAGCUGCACACUCAUUACAAGUUCCCGGAUGAGUCCCUAGACGAGACCACUCCGGUAAAUAACACAGCCCUCUGCAAGUGGACCAAGCUUUUGAGUACAUGGAAAUCCAAAGCCAAAAGCGAAUACCUUGAGAAAGAUUACGAAACCGAGAUAAAAAAGAAGUGGCCUUCGGUUUCUGAGGAGGACUGGAACCUGUUCAAGCAGCACUGCGAGACCCCUGAAGUCAAGGAGAUGGAAAAAUGGGGGAAGGAAAUGCGGGCAAGGAACAUUGGUCACCACACCCUUGGAAGCCGUGGUUACCUAGGGAAGAAGCCGAAGUGGGACAAGCAGGACGCUGAGUUUGCUGCAGCAGGCAACUAUCCUGUCAUGGUGCCAGAGACGAGGAGUAGGAGGGUCCACGCAUCGGAGACCGUGUUGUCCUCGGCGCAGUGCCCUCGACUCACGCGCGCUGGAAGCAGGGUGGAUGUGCCGACCAGUGGCCGCUCCGGUCAGGUUAAUGAGGAUGUCGAGAGCAGAUUCCAGCAUUUGGCAAGUUCAGUACACAAUGAUGUUAUGCAGUUAAAGGCAGCGAACGGAGAGGACGAGGGAGGCGUGCACAUCCAAGACCUUGUUGUCGUCGUUCCGCGAAUGACGAGGAGGAGGGCGAGGGAGGCAUGCGCGUUGGAGACUGCGUUGCCGUCGUUGCAGCGCACUCAACUCACACGCGGUGGAAGCAGGGGGGAGGCCCCGACCAAUGGCCGCUCCGAUAUGUCUGGAAACGACUCCGCUGCAGCCUCUUCUUCGCGGACGAUAAGCGCGGGCGAUGAAGCUGUAGAACCGUCAUCACGUCAUGGUGGCCCAGACGCCUUGGGCACAUACACAGAUGGGCAGGACGACUACACAUCCACUGUUCAUGAUGAGUCCUGCACCGCCGCAAAUCCUGAAGAUGCGACCGAUCGCGACGAAGGGACCGGCCAAGGGGACCAGGCAGCUGGACAACCUAAAAAGCAACGGAAACCUAGGCGCCCAAACAUGCUUAGCACCGAUAGGAUUGUCAUCAACCGAGUGUCUGAGGCGGGUCUACCUCUUAGUCCCAAGAAGGCCGAACAAGGUUACAGUAAUGGCCUAGGCUGCAUCCUUCGCGAAACCGUGAGCAUUAACGAAACCAAUCUCAGGUCGAAAGCCAACGAGAAUUUGCGAGCACUCCUCAUAUCGAAGCUGCACACUCAUUACAAGUUCCCGGAUGAGUCCCUAGACGAGACCACUCCGGUAAAUAACACAGCCCUCUGCAAGUGGACCAAGCUUUUGAGUACAUGGAAAUCCAAAGCCAAAAGCGAAUACCUUGAGAAAGAUUACGAAACCGAGAUAAAAAAGAAGUGGCCUUCGGUUUCUGAGGAGGACUGGAACCUGUUCAAGCAGCACUGCGAGACCCCUGAAGUCAAGGAGAUGGAAAAAUGGGGGAAGGAAAUGCGGGCAAGGAACAUUGGUCACCACACCCUUGGAAGCCGUGGUUACCUAGGGAAGAAGCCGAAGUGGGACAAGCAGGACGCUGAGUUUGCUGCAGCAGGCAUAUCAAACCCCUUCAAGGAAUUUGAAAACCCACGUGAAAAUGAUUACAUCAGGGGCCGGUGCAAGUAUGAUGAAGCGACUAAGGCAUGGGUAUUGGACGAGAAAACGGCGAAAGUCAAGGAACUCCUGAGGCAGUAUCAUGUGGAAUCUCAAAGCUCCCAGGAGUCAGAGUGCUCGGCAAUGUGGGAUGACCCUCUGAACAGGUCGAUCAACGUGGUGCUCGGCAAGGACCCGAAAACGAGGCCGGCUUAUGGUCGUGUGAACGGCGUCGGGCUCAACGAAAAAUGGGACACGCAUUAUCCCGAAGACCGCGAGCUUGCAAGGCAGAGAAGGAGAGCCGGCCGAGCUAGUUUCGAAUCCAGAUUGGCUGGAAUGAGAGAAGAACUUAAAGAAGAAAUGAGAGAGGAAGUCGAGGUGAAAGCCAAAGCCAUGGCGACAGCCCAGGUCAUGGAAAUGUGGCCCGAUCUAAUUGAGGCCGUCAAGCGAAGUUUAGCAUCGGGGCAAACAGCGCCACCAUCAUCCGCUUUCACGUUGGCGCCGGCCAAUGUCAUUUUGGAGAAAGAGCCGCGUCCUGGUGCACAUCAUAGCAGCCGCUCUGCCCCUUUCAUGGGCUAG